AUACAUUUAAAUAUGAGCAGAAAAGAUAAAAAAGGAGAGUAUAACGGAAGAAAGGUUAGUGAGCUCUAUGAAGAGCUAUUCGAAGGAGAUGACGGAGUCAUCAGUAAGCUUCCUACCAUCCUCAAGGACGGUUUGUUCCAAAGAACUGAUGAUACCUCUUCUAUUGACGAUAUGAAAGUUGUCAAGGGAUAUGAUUUCAAUCAAGGAGUUGAUUAUGAAAAACUUCUGAAAACUUACAUUCAUUCUGGCUGUCAAGCAACCUAUGUUGGGGAAGCUAUCGAGAUCAUCAACCAGAUCAUCGACUGGAGACUCUCUGAUGAGGAUAUUAAGAAGGAAAAAGACGAGAGAUACAUGGAUCCAGAAGUCAGAGCAGAUACACGUUGCACAAUCUUCCUUGGAUAUUCCUCCUCCAUGAUUUCUUCUGGAAUGAGAGAAAUUAUUAGAUUCUUGGUUCAACAUAAGAUGGUUGAUGCUGUUGUAGCCACAGCAGGAGGUAUCGAAGAAGACAUCUGUAAGGUGUUCUCUGACUUCCGUCAAGGAGAUUUUGGAUAUGAUGGAGUUGACUUGAGAUCAAAAAGUAUCAACAGAGUAGGAAAUAUCUUCAUCUCAAACUCAUGCUACGAUGGUUUCGAGUACCUCUUCUACAGUGUUAUUAAAGAGAUGAUGGAUGAACAAGAGAAGGAAGGUACUAUCUUCUCACCAAGCCAAAUUAUCAACAGACUUGGUAAGCAUGUCAAUCACGAGGAGAGCGUUUAUUAUUGGUGCUGGAAGAACGACAUCCCAGUCUUUGCCCCAGCCUUCACAGACGGAGCUAUUGGGGAUAUUUUGUACUGUGCACAAUUUGAAAGACCUGGGUUUGUUGUAGACAUGAACAGAGAUCUCUACAAGAUCAACAGCAUGGCUGUCAAUGCUAAAAAGAGUGGAAUGCUCACAUUUGGUGCUGGUGUAUCUAAACAUCAUAUCUUGAAUGCAAACUCGAUGAGAAAUGGAGCUGACUAUGCUGUGUAUAUCAACAACGCGGCUGAGCACGAUAGUUCUGAUUCAGGAGCUCUUCCAAGUGAAGCUGUCACAUGGGGAAAGCUUGCUUUCGAUUCAGUCUCAACAAAAGUCCACGGUGAUGCUACUCUCGUGCUUCCUCUUAUUGUUGGAGAAACAUUUGCUAAGAGAAUCGACAAAGUAUCUAGAUUGCCACAAUACAGAAACAAGAAAGCCCUACAAGUUGAGCAACAAGUUUUAGCAGAGAGCAACAUUAGAAGAACAUUCAAGGCCACUAAGAUUGCAAGAGCCGCUCGUCGUCUUUGCAGAUUAUUCUAAAUUAACAAUGUUGAUUG